AUGGCAACUUUAGCUAUCUCGACCCCCGAAAAGCAAUAUGGCAGCAAAGCAUUCUCAACCAAGCUGGCGGGCGGGCGGCUGCCGCUUCUUAGCAGCCCGAAACUCCCGUCGCCUCGGACGGAGACUAUCCACGUACCGUCACCACCUCCCUCAACCCCCAGACCGCGGCGAAGCAUCGUCACCGCCUCCCCCCGCCCGGCCUGGGAAGGCCUUCCCCAGUCUGAACGGACGCUGCUUCCUACCUCCGCCAUCAGACGGAAGCCACGUACGAGGAAAGAGUACGGCAAGACGGACCGCUUCAUCCCAAACCGGAGGGUAGAUGAGGCUCCGAUUCGUACUGUCCGCACGCCGAGGGCCACAAGCUCGAAGCAGCCACCAUCAGUGCUGGCAGGCGCAGCGUACGGGUUGUCACUGGAAGGGCUCAGCUUGAAUGACGAUGAUGAUGACAACACGUCAUCACACGACAUACCACACUCCAAGCAGUCGCCGGACUCCAUAGCCUAUCAAUCCUCACUCUCUUCCGCCUGCGACAUGGCACCAACCACGCGCAUCCUCUCCUUUCAGCCGAAGGCGCCUGAAUCGUCGCGGCCAAUCGACCUCCGAGCGGUGUACAACCGCCCUCUCAUUCCACGUGCUCGGGGGGCUCAGCACCGUCGUCGCAUCGCAACAGCCCCCGAACGCGUACUCGACGCACCAGGUCUCGUUGACGACUACUACCUCAACGUUCUCGAUUGGUCGCGUGGCAACCAGAUCGCAAUCGCGCUUGAGCGGCAGGUAUACAUUUGGUCAGCGGAGACCGGGACGGUAGAAAACCUCUUCGAAACCAGCGCGGAGACAUACGUUUCAUCAGUCAAGUGGAGCAAUGACGGCGCCCAUCUGGGCGUCGGCCUCGGCACAGGAGAAGUUCAGAUUUGGGACGUGGAGGAUCAGACCAAGAUCCGCAGCAUGAACGGGCACGAGGAGCGCGUCGGGGUCAUGGGCUGGAACAAGCACCUUCUCUCCACCGGUGACCGCAAGGGCCAGGUGUUCAAUCACGAUGUUCGAAUCCGACAGCACAAGAUCGCUGACUUGGUUUCGCACACACUGGAGGUCUGCGGGUUGGAGUGGAGGGCUGAUGGAGCACGACUGGCUACCGGUGGGAACGACAAUCUGGUCAGCAUAUGGGACGCGCGGAAGCUCGAUGCGCCACAACACAGGAAGACGAACCACAACGCCGCCGUGAAGGCACUGGCCUGGUGCCCGUGGCGCAACAAUCUCCUGGCGACCGGAGGUGGCAGUGCUGACGGCAAAAUUCACUUUUGGAACUCGACAGAGGGCACCAGAGUUGACACCGUCGACACCAAGAGCCCAGUUACCGGCCUCCACUGGAGCCAGCACCACAAGGAGAUCAUGAGCACGGGCGGCUUUCCGAACAACAGUCUCACCGUCUGGACUUACCCCGAGCUCGUCAAGUCUUUCGAAGUCGGUGCCCACGAGGCGCGCAUUCUCCACAGCUCGAUGAGCCCUGAUGGAACGGUCCUGGCAACGGCGGGGCCGGACGAGUCGAUGAAGUUCUGGCGGGUCGGGGAGGGCACCAAGGGCGGGGAGCGGGGAGCAGGGCUGGUGAAGAAGGAGGGAGGUGAAGGGGAUAGGUCGGGUAUGGCGGGCCAGCUUGUAAUUCGCUGA